GUACGGACCUGGAUUACGCCGAAAUCGAAUCGAUAGCUCGAACGGAAGACAAAUCAACGAAAUCAAACGAACGGGUCAAAUUGAGUCAAAAUACGAAAUCGACCAAUCAAUCCGGCGUGGAGGUUAUUCUGCCGGCGAUAUCAACUCGGGGCAGCGGCUGGAUGCGGCGACGGUGACGGACGCCGGCGACAGUGGCAGAGCGGCAACUCGACGGCGGUGAGCAGCGACUGGCGGCGCUGCAAUUCGUCGGCGAGGAAGGACGCCGGCAGUGGAGGCGACGUCCAGCGCUCGGCGUGGCGGCGCUGCACCCGACGGCGAUGAUGGCGGCGGCUACUGGCGAAGGAAGCAGCGGCGGCGACUUGCUGGGGAAGGGCGACCGGCGGCGCUGCAACUCGACGGCGGCGGACGACCGACGAAGAAAGCAGCGGCGGCGAUUGGACUCGACGGCGAUGAUGGUGGUCGCCGGUAGGGGAGGCGACGUCCAGUGGCGAGGCGCGGCGUUGGAGGCGGAGGUGACCGGUAACAUGGAAGCAAGGGAAGGACGCAUGGCACAAUACAAGGACCUUGUACUUGCCCUGUUGAAAGGCUUCAAAGAAUUCAAGAUCGCCCAAAUUCCCCGGGCGGAAAACGCGGAUGCAGACCUUCUCUCCAAAUUGAUGCAGUAUGCUCCCGAGCAUGUUUCAAAACUUGCCCGGGUAGAGGUCCUUGACCGUGCAAGCAUCGAAAAAUUGGAAGUUGCCGCUAUAACGGCCGGAAGCCAAUUUGACCGGUCAAACUUGGUCGGGGCGGACGACCAUUGGAUGUAUGAUCUGAUGGAAUAUUUGAUGGAGGGGAGCUUGCGAGAACAAGAUGACCGGGCAAGAAAAGUGAAGCUUAGGGCACCCCGAUUCCAGAUUCUUGAUGGAAAGCUGUAUAAAAGGGCGUUUGGGGGGCCACUCCUGAGAUGUCUGACCAACCGGGAGGCUGAACGAGUCAUAGCGGAAGUCCACGAAGGCGUAUGCGCGGCGCAUCAAAUGUCCCGUACGCUUUCCCAACGCAUCAUCUUGUUGGGGUAUUACUGGCCAACAAUUGUCCAGAAUUGUGAAAGGAGGGCUCAUGGGGAAACUCCAUUCUCCCUAACCUAUGGGUGUGAAGCAAGGCUGCCCAUCGAAGCUGAAUUCCCCACGUUUCGGGAGUCAAAUUAUCAACCCCAGCAGAAUGAGGAAGAUCACUUGGCCGAGCUCAACUUGGUCGAAGAGCGGAGAAUGGCCGCGGAAGUUAAAAUGAGUACGUACCAACAAGUUGUGAAAAAGUACCAUGACAACAAGGUUGGGCCACGGUACUUCCAAGUUGGAGAUGAAGUCCUACGAAGAAGAGAAGCAAGUAGACCUGGUGACGGAGGAAAGCUAGCAAAAAACUGGGAAGGCCCAUACAGGGUUAGAGCCAUCAUUCGACCAGGAACAUACCGGUUGGAAACUUUAGAUGGUAUACCGAUAGAAAGAACUUGGAAUUCCCACCAUCUUCGCAAGUUCUACAAAUGAUUGUAAUACUAGGCGAGGCCUAACUACAUUAUCAAUCAAAGUAAUGUUCAAUA